UGGUGAACAGGGGGUGCUCCUGCUCCUCUACAGUUAAACACUUGUCCUGUAGGUGUAGCCCAUCUGGUUAGGCGCUCUUACGGGCGACUUCUCGCGGAGCUGUUUCCAGCACGGAGGUCCACAGGCCAGAAGCCAGACCGCGGAGCCGAGCGAGAAGAGGUUCGGCUGGACUGAAGUGAGCUUCGGCGGACACAUGAGAGCACUCGCGUGAGUCCCGACACUCCAGCGCCGCAGACGCAGACAUGUUCACGCGCGGGGCGAGGAAGCGACGCUCCAGUCGCUCGAUAGACGCGGAUGAGGAUCCAGACCGGGGGCAGCCGUGUAUGCGCUGUGGAGAACAGUGUCCUGGCUUCCGCAUGCAUGGAUGGAGGAAGAUCUGUGUGCACUGUAAGUGUGUGCGGGAGGAGCAUGUGGUGCGCUCUGUGCCCGGACAGCUGGAGAGAAUGAUGUUGAAGCUGGUGUCUGACUUCCAGAGGCACUCCAUAUCUGACGACGACUCGGGCUGCGCCUCGGAAGAAUACGCCUGGGUGCCACCUGGGAUCAAGCCUGAACAGGUGUAUCAGUACUUCAGCUGUAUUCCAGAGGACAAGGUUCCAUACGUCAACAGUCCAGGAGAGCGAUACCGUAUUAAACAGCUUCUACACCAGCUGCCGGCCCAUGACAGCGAGCCUCAGUACUGUAACUCUCUGGAUGAAGAAGAGAAGAAAGAAUUGAGGUUAUUCAGCCAGCAGAGGAAGAGAGAGAAUCUGGGCCGCGGCAUCGUUCGACUUUUUCCAGUCACCAUGACCGGAGCCAUCUGUCAACAGGUAGAGAAACAGAGACACCACAUGGGUUCAAACACACGUACUGUUGCUGUGUAUGUGACUUAUGCAGUUUCUUGCUCCUCCUGUGGUGAUCAGAUCAUCUUUGCGGACGAGUGUACGGAGGCGGAGGGCCGGCACUGGCACAUGAAGCACUUCUGCUGUUUCGAGUGUGAGGCGGCGCUGGGUGGCCAGCGCUACAUCAUGAGAGAGAGCCGGCCGUACUGCUGCCACUGCUACGAGUCUCUGUACGCCGAAUACUGCGACACCUGUGGAGAACAUAUCGGUAUAGACCAGGGUCAGAUGACGUUCGAGGGCCAGCACUGGCACGCGUCCGAGGCGUGUUUCUGCUGCGCCUGCUGUCGGCUCCCUCUGCUGGGCAGACCCUUCCUGCCUCGCGGCGGACUCAUCUUCUGCUCCCGCUCCUGCUCGCUCGGGGAAGACCCAGACAACUCUGACUCCUGCGAUUCUGCCCUGCAGAGCAAACCAGUGUCACACAAGACUGUUCAAAACCAGCAGAGCACUUCCACACCACGGCCACAGGAGGGAGCCAACGUCAGAGCAGCGAGCACAACAGCCAACGGGGGUCAUUUUACACUGGACAGCAAAGGUGAUCUCACCUCUUUCCAUCCUAUUCCGAAUGGCCAACCUCCACCGUAUGAACAAAUACACACACAACACUCACAGCUCCAUCCAGCAGCCAAUGACAGGACAGCAUUCGUUUGCAAGGACCAAUCAGGCAUCAGCACACAGCAGGUGAAUCACCGGAUAAACAUACAGAAGUUGAAUUUUUGGGUGAACUAUUCACAGUAUGUUACAGUAAAAUGUUAUGACUUGUAUCAGUCGGGAUCUCAUUUGAUCAUGUUUCCUUCAGAUGGGUCGUACCACAGCAGUUUCCGUCGGGGAAGCGGUGGCCACCAUCCCACGGAGAAGUGGCUCAGACGCUCCCGAGCUCCACGAAGCGACAGACCUCGUCUGGAAACCCUGGAGUGCAGGGUAGGAGACCGCAGGCGGUCCAACAGCGUCCUAGACGGCGGCCUUACCCUGCACUCCACCCGCUACCGGCACGAAGACUCCUGCUCCACCUGCUCCUCUUCCUCAGAGUCCGAGGAGGAAGGCUUCUUUCUGGGCCAGCGCAUCACUCUGCCACCGCAGCUGACGGGCGAAGAGAGAGCAGCAGAAGGACAGACAGAGGACGAGGACAAGAGCCGAAGAGGAAGCUUCAGGAGAAGAAGGACACAGAGUCUCAGUAGAAAAGACAAGGACAAGAACUGCAUACUGUCCUGAGACCAAGACGUGUGUGUUAAAAACUGAAGAACGCACUCAAGACUCUCUGAACCAGCAAGCUGCUCAGUCCAGAUCAAAGUCGAUGAGGGACAUUUUGUAUGAUAAAAAUAGAAACUCUCUUACAAUUCUAUGCAUCUGUGUAACAGUAUUUUUAUAGAGAUGAUGAUAUAUUAUCCAAUAUCAGCUUCAGUAUCAGGGUGCUUUGUCAAAUUUAUUGGCAUUAUUAUUCGGGCCGAGGAACAGUUCUAAUCCAAAUUCUGUUUGUUACAGGAAAAGUAGAACUACAGUUUCUAAAGUUAUGUGAGAGAGCUAGGUGGUAAGGUCACACAACACAAAUAUUCGGCACAAUAAAUUCACUCCAAUUUUGGCAUGCUGUUCAGUAUGGAAGCUUGUUUCCACCACUGAAUAAAAAUAAAUGGUCAUUGCGACUUUUUCU